UCUCACACUGACGAAAUAACAGUGUGCGUUUGGCAAAAUUUAACUUGUUGCUUGCCAGCACUUCACGGUAUCUGUCGCUUCGUUCAGAACCGGAUCAUCCCAGAGUGAGACCCUGCAUCUCUGGAGCGUCAAGGAGAAGAGAAAGGCGCGCCAGGGAGAUAAGUGCUGUUGCGCCCAUUUGGAGUGGAAAUUUUUGGGCACUUUCUACGCACGCAUGUUAAGCACUGGGACUAACUGGAUUUAAAGACAUAUAUCAAUAUUUGUACAUUUUAUGGAAUAAAACUCCUUUAAACAUGAUACAAAAUAUAAAGCAUAUCCUGUGGUUAUAUUUCCUCUGUGAAGCAGCAGCUGCAACAGCCUCCAACACAUUAUCGAUAAUCAGACCAGUCACUGGGUCCCUCUCAGGGAAGGUAAAUCUUCCCUGCUUCUUCUCCACCAUCCCAACUUCAGCACCAGUCAUCAGUCCCAAUGGAACAGCCAUUUAUAGCAGAGAUUAUUUGCGGAUCAAAUGGACCAAAAUAGAAGGAGAAGUAGAAUCCACAGUGCUAGUGGCACAGAAUGGGGUCAUCAAAAUAGGUUCCAGCUACAGGAACCGUGUAUCAGUGCCCAGUCACCCUGAGGAUGUAGGCGACGCCUCACUGACAAUGGUCAAGCUGCGUGCCAGUGACGCGGGCACUUAUCGCUGUGAGGUCAUGUACGGCAUUGAGGACACCCAGGAUACAGUUAACCUCGAUGUUAAUGGUGUUGUGUUUCACUACCGGUCAAGCACCAGCAGGUACACUUUGGACUACCAGAAAGCCGUCCAAACUUGCCAAAAUAUUGGAGCAACCAUUGCUACAUAUGAUCAGCUGAGAGCAGCCUAUGAGGAUGGCUUUGAUCAAUGUGAUGCAGGCUGGAUUGGCGACCAGACAGUGAGAUACCCAAUUACAAAGCCAAGGGAGGGCUGCUAUGGCAACCUUAAGACUAAACCUGGUGUUAGAUCAUAUGGAACCAGGAAACCCACGGAGACCUAUGAUGUAUACUGUUAUGUAGACAAACUUGAUGGUGAAGUGUACUAUGCUCCUGUGACCCGUAAAAUGACGUUUGAGGAGGCGAGAGGAGAGUGUAUGAAGAGGAAAGCUGUCCUGGCAACCCCUGGCCAGCUCCAUGCUGCCUGGCGUCAUGGUCUGGACAGAUGUGACUAUGGCUGGCUCUCCGAUGGCAGUGCACGACAUCCUGUUGCAGUACCCAGAAUGCAGUGUGGGGGAGGCCUGCUCGGUGUCAGGACCAUGUACCGCUACAGAAACCAGACUGGCUUCCCAGAACCAACUAAGAAGCUUGGAGCUUACUGUUUUAAAGGAAGGAGCAAGGUGAUCAACCAGACUUCCUUUGUGGAUGUGUCUGUGGUAGGAAUCACCACCACCACCAUCAGCUCCACUACCUCCAUCCCUUUACUGGAGAGUAGCACCACUAUGUUAACCCCAAUAUAUGAAACAGAAGAGUCUCCAGACCCUCCAGUUCCUACAAAUCCUCCAUCUAUGUUCUCUACCAGUAUGACUCCACCUCGCCCCACUCUAGCAGGUCAAGAAGAAGAGUUAAUCACCACAGUCGCACCCACCAUCAAAGAGGAACAUGAGGACACUGACAAUGUAACAGCCGCACCAGACUUUAUAACCAAUGUGAAAUUCGUUCCCCACCAUGGUGACACAUUCCAAGAACCCCAAGACAAAACAGAAAGCACUGAUAUCACAGAGUCAGUGUCCAAACCCUUCAGGGAGCCAGACGAUCACUCAGUAAUUGAGAUCAACACAAUCCAACCAGAUGUCCCCAUACCAGACAGCUCUCUCAUCACAGAACCCAUGUUUGCUCAGGGGAUGACUGAGGAAACUAUUCUGGAUUCUGGGAUCACCACAGCGAUUGCUUCUGACCUCACUGACACUUCAACAGAAUCAACAGAACUGAUCAGCGAAGAAGUGUUCAGUGUCUCAGAAUCAACACCUUCGACUACUGGGCUUCAAUCAACAACACCAUUCCCCGAUUAUGAUCUUACCGAUGAUAAGAUUAUGACUGAUUUUGCUGUAGAAGGACAGCCUCCUUCUCAACCAUCCCAACAGGACCUCUCAGUCAGCACUUUUACUAUUGAUGGAACAAUAAUCCCCACAGACACCACCUUUAUGUGUAACACCCAACCGGGCAGUGAGGUGGAGAUCGACACCUCAGCACUGCCAGAGACUACCAGCACUGCAAGACAAACCACACCUCAAAUGCAAGAUGUAGAGACACUGGCUGUUAUGUACAAGCAAGAGACCACAUCUGCAGCUGUGACAGCCACCACUGUCCUGAUUGACAGUGGAACCUCAGCCGAAGAUGUGGCAUCGUCAACAAGUGUAAACGUAUUUGAUGAGCCCACCACUGAGUUGCCAGAGCACAGCAGUGACACCCUGACAAAGGGCGAUGACACAGCAACAGAGACUGGCACAGAGUACUUAACAUCCCCUCCCAUUGCUUCAGCUGUGGUUGACACGACUGUAUCAGUUGACAAGGCUCUACAGCCACAAGAUUCUCAGUCUCGUGCCAUUCCAGUUGUGCCUGACCAUCCCACCCCCUCGAUAGCCGAUGGUGAGCCCAUACUGCAGAGUGGAGACCCAGACCUUUUCUCCCAAGCUGCUGCAACCAUCACUCCAACUGUUAGCUUUAUAAAUGGUAAACAUGAGAUUACACUGGAGCCACAGAUUUCAGAAGAAAAAGAGGCCAAAGGUACCCAGAUUUUGAAAAAUGUGACGACUCUGGGAACAAGUGAUGAAAUAACCACGGUGUUUAAUUAUAGUUGGACUGAUCUCCCUGUUGAUAGCAUCACUGAAUCUACAGAGGAACCUACAGAAAUACUGACCUCUACAGAAAUCCCAGAUGUUGAUGAAAAUGACCCUGAUACAAUCCCAAAAGUUGAAUCAACACUUCCUCACAUCCCUGAAGUAGAUGAGCUGACAACAAAAGAUCCCACACAGAAAGACACAAUCUCUGUUCCUGCCUCAACAGUGGAGGACACGGCUCCAUCAAAAACUACACAAAAAACUGAAGCUGGUCCAUCUGCCACAGAUGCCACAGUGAGUGAUGUCACAGCUACCUCUGCUGACUUUGUUCCUACAGUAACACCAGCUGAACCACAGAUCACCAAAGAAACCCAAACAACGAAGGCUGAUAAGGAAAUCACUGUCAUCACCACAUCUGUGCAAGAAGAGGUAGGCGAGUCAGGGAGGACUCCCACGUAUGUGAAAAGUGACUCCGAAGUGACUCAGACAGAGAAGGCUGAAGACCAAUUCCCUGUUACUUCAUCAACCAAACUUUACACAGCCAGAGAUAAAGCUGAAACCACAGAGGAAACAAAGAGCACAUCUGCCACUCCAGCUGCUGAAGACAGCACUCAGUCUAAGUUACAGACUGUGUACACUCCCUCCUCUGAUGACAUUGAUGGGAAAACAUCAACAACUAGUGACUCACCGAGCUCCACUCGAGAUGUGGAGGGAAAGAAAGAAAGCAAAACCCCAAAAGAAUUUGCCUUCAGCACAACGGCUCCUUCAGUACCUAGUAGUUCAGGCUCUCCUGAACAGACAGACAAGACUGCGAUAACACCAGCUCUAGAUGUAGGCAGCACUGAAUCAUCAGCAUCUGUAGCAUCUUCCCUGGCUGAAACUUCAGAGGGUACAGUCACAAGUCAGGGGGGUAGUACAAACAAUCAAAUGCCUUCCAUCUCACCUACUGAGAAAGUUGUGACUGAUGCAAUGUCUACACCAGAAGAGGAGGGUUCUGGGGUUCAAAGAGUAGACAUGUUUACAACCACCCCACCAUCAUAUACCUCUGCAUGGACUGUGAAAUCAUCUUCAAAUUUAAGCGCAACAGAUCAAGUUAUAUGGGAGAGUGAAGGAACAUCACAAACAGUACAAACAGUAGGCAGAGAUAAAACAUUAGUUCCUGCCACUGGUGAGUCAGAAAAAACGUCAACACCCACCGCUUUGCAUGAGGUGUGGAAACAAGAUGAGACAGCAACUCCCCCCUCUCAUGAAUCCAUUGCAACCACUUCUUCCCCAUUAUACAGUGCUAUUGAAAUUAUCAAGACAACAAUGGCCUCAUUCACUGAAUAUUUCAGUCAGUACUCAUCACAAAGUGCAUCACUAUUGACUGAAUUAACUGACCAAAAAGUGUAUACAAGUGAGGAAACUGCCACUAGUGUCACAGAUAAGGAGAUUUCAAUAGAUCAAACUUCCUCACCUGUGGUCACCUCUACUUCUCCAGUCAGUAGCACAGUCAAAUCAGAUGAGUCUAUUUCAACCGCAGUUUCAAGAGUGGAAAUCUCAAGUAUAACUGAGGCCACAAAACAGAUACAAACUCUAACAGUGAGCCCACUAAGUGGCAUUACAGAGACAGGUUCAUUGCAUCCUAGCACUGCUGGACAAAUUACAGAUGACCAAACAUCUGGUAUGACAUCAACAGGAGCUACUGCAGCAGCUACCAUACACAGCACAGAUAAAGUUAGAGUUAUAGGAACAACACAAUAUGAAACAGCUCAUGGUUCAACCACAGCUGGUACUGUAGCUCCUUCUGCUUUCAGCACUGAGAUACCAACAUCAGUAUCACAAGAAAUGUCAGAAAUCACAACCACUGAACGGAUAUCUGUUGCUUCUGAAGUUAGUUCCAUUUUCACACCCACAGAUGAGGUGAGUUCUGAGGACCAGACAAUAUCACCUGGAACAUCAAAGAGUGGCAUUACAGAAAGAACAGUAAAACCAUCAGAAUCAGAGGUAACAUUAAAGACUUCUGUUUCUUCUGACAUCAGUGUGACUCCAACUCCCUCUACAUUUAGCACAGGAAGUGAAGUGACCAGGAAACAAACAGAAAAACCAUCCAGUUCACAGGAACCAGCAGUUAGUGGCAUCACUGAUAUAGUUACAAGCACACUGCCCACUUCAAAAGCAGAGGUGAGUUCUGGAGGUCAAACAACUACAUCUUCUGUGUACAGCACUGAGAAACCCACAACAUUGUAUGAAGGGACAAAAAAAACAGCAGCUCCGGUACAAUCAAGCACAACUGCUUCUACUGGCGUGGAAGAGACAGUCUCAAUACCAACUUCUACACAUGAAGAAAGCUCAGGCAAACAGACAACUGGCAGAUCAGGUACAGAGUUUGUAACAACUACAGCCUCCUCAUUGUUUAGCACUAUGAGAUCGCCAGUUGAAGAAAAAGACAGUACUGUCACAGGUCAGACAGAAAGGCUGUCAGACAUAACUAUGAUUGACAAGACCGAGGACAGUUCUGUUUUCACUUCAACAAAUGAAGAUGGGUCGGGUCAAAAAAUCCCAGACAUGUCUACUCAGACAUCUGUUGUCCCAGAAACAUCUUCUCUGUACAGCACUGAUACACCAAACACAGCAAUGUUGCCUAAAACAACAGAAACUGCUGAAACAUAUGAGACCAAAACAAUGUCACCUUCAGGUGAGCCGUCAGUUUCUUCUGAUUCUGAUAUGACAUUAAGCACAAUAACAAUUUCUCCAAGUUCAGCUCCAGUUAUGUCCUCUGCUGUUUCAGACAUUGAGGAUGAAGUCAUUAGCACUGAGCCUUCAAUGGUAGAAUCCAUUUCUUCCUCCAGUGGAUCAACCAUAAAACUCAAAACAACAUCACUCUUCACUUCCACAGAUACAGAACGUCCUGGAGACCACGCUAUGGAUUUCAUUGUAGCUUUCACUGUCUCUUCAGUGUCGAGCACAGUGACUCCAGCAGUGACGACAAAACAUGAAACUACGAGUGAUGCUUCCGAGUCAGCUGUUUAUGCAGCUUCAUCAUUCUACAGUACUGAAAAACCAAAAUCAGUGUCACUUGAAACACAAGAGAUUGUAAUUACAAGUCAAAGAGAGGAAGCAUCAGUUACUGCAGACACAAGUUUUACUCUCCCAACAACAGAUGAAGAGAGCUCAGGUGAACCAAAAACUGAGAUUUCCACUAAGGAGACUUCGAGUGUAACGGCUUCCUCUAUAUUCAGCAGUGAGAAAUUGGAAUCUGAAGCAUCUGCUGUUGCAAUCUCUGCUUUUACAGUAACUUAUUCUCCAUUCAGUUUUGAAAGAUUGACUGAAAAGACAAGUACAUUGAUGUCCCCAGUCACUCCAGAAACAAGUUCUGAACUCACCUCUACAGAUGAAGAGAGUUAUCAAAAAACUGCCAAAGAGACUCCCACAGCAUCCUCACUGUUUAUCACUGAGAAGCUAACAACACUUCCAGUUAAAGAACAAGACAGUGCUGUCACAGGUCAGACAGAGAAGCCCUCGGUUACUUCAAUUGCUUAUCAGACUGAGAAAAGUUUUGUUCUCACUCCAACCGAUGAAAAACGCUCAGGUGACCAAACCCAUCAAAUGUUCUCUCAGACCUCUUCUGUCACAGCUACGUCUUAUCUGUAUAGCACUAAAAACCCAAAAGUUAUGUCACCUGAAACAACAGAGGGGGGGGAAACAGAAGAGAAAAAAAUGUCAUCACCUUCAGGAGAACCAUCAGUUUUUCCAGUCUCUGACAUGAUCACAUCAAGCUCAAUAACACAGUCUGCUAUUUCAGCCUCUGAUAUAUCACCAACUAUUUCACACAUUGAGAAUAAAGAUGUUAGAAGUGAGCCCUCAAUAGUGGCAUUGAUCCCUUCCUUUAGUGGCUCAACCACAAAACCUGAAACAACAUCACUCUUCAUCAUCACAAACACCGAAAAAGAAACUGAAACAAGUGCAACAAAAAGUCCCUCAGUAACUAAUUUUACUGAUGAGAAAGUGCAAAGUUCCAUUAUCACUCCAGCAGAUGAAGAAGGCUCAGGUGACCAAACACAAGACAUGUACACUCAGACCUUCACUGUCAAAACUAAAAUGUCUCUCUAUAGCACUGAGGCACUGACAACAAAGUCUUCUGUUUCAGACAUUGAGGAUGAUGGUAUUAGUACCGAAACCGCAUUGCUGGAGUCCAUUCCUUCAUUCAUUGGAUCAACCGCGAAACCUGAAAAAGAAUCAUUCCUUAUUACCACAGAUACAGAGAGUUCUGGAGACAGCAAUGCCGAUGUCACUGAGGAGUCAAUCAUCACAGCAACUACUGUCUCUUCAAUGUUGAGUACAGAGUCACCAUCAGUCACAGCAUCACGUGAAACUGAAACAAGUGAUACUAUAAAAUCAGCUUUUACUGCAGCUUCAUCACUCUACAGUACUGAGAAACCAACAUCAAUGUCACCUGAAACACAAGAGGCUAUAACCACAAGCCAAACUGAGGAAGCAUCAGUAACACCAGAGAAAAGUACUACUUUCACAAGAAUGGAUGAAAAAACAACUGAGCUCUCCAGCGAAGACACUGCAAUUCCUACAGCCUCCUCAUUGUUUAGCACAGAGGAGCAAACAGAACUGCCAGUUACCGAACAAGACAGUGCUUUCACAAGUCAUACAGAAAUUCCCUCAGGAACUCCUUUUACUGCAACGAUGGAGGAAAGCUCUGCUCUGACUCCAACAGAUGAAGAUGGCUCAGGUGACCAAACCCAAGACAUGUUCACUCAGACCUUCACUGUCACAGCAAAAUCGUUUCUCUACAGCACUGAGGCACCAACAGCAAAGUCUCCUGUUACAGCAUCUGCUGUUUCAGACAUUGAGGAUGAUGGUAUUAGUACCGAAACCGCAUUGCUGGAGUCCAUUCCUUCAUUCAUUGGAUCAACCACGAAACCUGAAAAAGAAUCAUUCCUUAUUACCACAGAUACAGUGAGAUCUGGAGACAGCAAUGCCGAUGUCACUGAGGAGUCAAUCAUCACAGCAACUACUGUCUCUUCAAUGUUGAGUACAGAGUCACCAUCAGUCACAGCAUCACGUGAAACUGAAACAAGUGAUACUAUAAAAUCAGCUUUUACUGCAGCUUCAUCACUCUACAGUACUGAGAAACCAACAUCAAUGUCACCUGAAACACAAGAGGCUAUAACCACAAGCCAAACUGAGGAAGCAUCAGUAACACCAGAGAAAAGUACUACUUUCACAAGAAUGGAUGAAAAAACAACUGAGCUCUCCAGCGAAGACACUGCAGUUCCUACAGCCUCCUCAUUGUUUAGCACAGAGGGGAAAACAGAACUGCCAGUUACCGAACAAGACAGUGCUUUCACAAGUCAUACAGAAAGUCCCUCAGGAACUCCUUUUACUGCAACGAUGGAGGAAAGCUCUGCUCUGACUCCAACAGAUGAAGAUGGCUCAGGUGACCAAACCCAAGACAUGUUCACUCAGACCUUCACUGUCACAGCAAAAUCGUUUCUCUACAGCACUGAGGCACCAACAGCAAAGUCUCCUGUUACAGCAUCUGCUGUUUCAGACAUUGAGGAUGACGGUAUUCGUACCGAAACCGCAUUGUUGGAGUCCUUUCCUUCAUUCAUUGGAUCAACCACGAAACCUGAAAAAGAAUCAUUCCUUAUUACCACAGAUACAGAGAGUUCUGGAGACAGCACUACCGAUUUCACUGAGGAGUCAAUCAUCACAGCAACUACUGUCUCUUCAAUGUUGAGUACAGAGUCACCAUCAGUCACAGCAUCACGUGAAACUGAAACAAGUGAUACUAUAAAAUCAGCUUUUACUGCAGCUUCAUCACUCUACAGUACUGAGAAACCAACAUCAAUGUCACCUGAAACACAAGAGGCUGUAACCACAAAUCAAACUGAGGAAGAAUCAGUAACACCAGAGAAUAGUACUACUUUCCCAACAACAGGACAAAAAACAACUGAGCUCUCCAGCGAAGACACUGCAGUUCCUACAGCCUACUCAUUGUUUAGCACAGAGGAGCGAAUAGAACUGCCAAUUACCGAACAAGACAGUGCUUUCACAAAUCAUACAGAAAGUCCCUCAGGAACUCCUUUUACUGCAACGAUGGAGGAAAGCUCUGCUCUGACUCCAACAGAUGAAGAUGGCUCAGGUGACCAAACCCAAGACAUGUUCACUCAGACCUUCACUGUCACAGCAAAAUCGUUUCUCUACAGCACUGAGGCACCAACAGCAAAGUCUCCUGUUACAGCAUCUGCUGUUUCAGACAUUGAGGAUGACGGUAUUCGUACCGAAACUGCAAUGUUGGAGUCCAUUUCUUCAUUCAUUGGAUCAACCACGAAACCUGAAAAAGAAUCAUUCCUUAUUACCACAGAUACAGAGAGUUCUGGAGACAGCACUGCCGAUUUCACUGAGCAGUCAAUCAUCACAGCAACUACUGUCUCUUCAAUGUUGAGUACAGAGUCACCAUCAGUCACAGCAUCACGUGAAACUGAAACAAGUGAUACUAUAAAAUCAGCUUUUACUGCAGCUUCAUCACUCUACAGUACUGAGAAACCAACAUCAAUGUCACCUGAAACACAAGAGGCUGUAACCACAAGUCAAACUGAGGAAGAAUCAGUAACACCAGAGAAAAGUACUACUUUCCCAACAACAGAUGAAAAAACAACUGAGAUCUCCAGCGAAGACACUGCAGUUCCUACAGCCUCCUCAUUGUUUAGCACAGAGGAGCGAACAGAACUGCCAAUUACCGAACAAGACAGUGCUUUCACAAGUCAUACAGAAAGUCCCUCAGGAACUCCUUUUACUGCAACGAUGGAGGAAAGCUCUGCUCUGACUCCAACAGAUGAAGAUGGCUCAGGUGACCAAACCCAAGACAUGUUCACUCAGACCUUCACUGUCACAGCAAAACCGUUUCUCUACAGCACUGAGGCACCAACAGCAAAGUCUCCUGUUACAGCAUCUGCUGUUUCAGACAUUGAGGAUGACGUGUUGGAGUCCAUUCCUUCAUUCAUUGGAUCAACCACGAAACCUGAAAAAGAAUCAUUCCUUAUUACCACAGAUACAGAGAGUUCUGGAGACAGCACUGCCGAUUUCACUGAGGAGUCAAUCAUCACAGCAACUACUGUCUCUUCAAUGUUGAGUACAGAGUCACCAUCAGUCACAGCAUCACGUGAAACUGAAACAAGUGAUACUAUAAAAUCAGCUUUUACUGCAGCUUCAUCACUCUACAGUACUGAGAGACCAACAUCAAUGUCACCUGAAACACAAGAGGCUGUAACCACAAGUCAAACUGAGGAAGAAUCAGUAACACCAGAGAAAAGUACUACUUUCCCAACAACAGGACAAAAAACAACUGAGCUCUCCAGCGAAGACACUGCAGUUCCUACAGCCUCCUCAUUGUUUAGCACAGAGGAGCGAACAGAACUGCCAAUUACCGAACAAGACAGUGCUUUCACAAGUCAUACAGAAAGUCCCUCAGGAACUCCUUUUACUGCAACGAUGGAGGAAAGCUCUGCUCUGACUCCAACAGAUGAAGAUGGCUCAGGUGACCAAACCCAAGACAUGUUCACUCAGACCUUCACUGUCACAGCAAAACCGUUUCUCUACAGCACUGAGGCACCAACAGCAAAGUCUCCUGUUACAGCAUCUGCUGUUUCAGACAUUGAGGAUGACGGUAUUAGUACCGAAACCGCAUUGUUGGAGUCCAUUCCUUCAUUCAUUGGAUCAACCACGAAACCUGAAAAAGAAUCAUUCCUUAUUACCACAGAUACAGAGAGUUCUGGAGACAGCACUGCCGAUUUCACUGAGGAGUCAAUCAUCACAGCAACUACUGUCUCUUCAAUGUUGAGUACAGAGUCACCAUCAGUCACAGCAUCACGUGAAACUGAAACAAGUGAUACUAUAAAAUCAGCUUUUACUGCAGCUUCAUCACUCUACAGUACUGAGAAACCAACAUCAAUGUCACCUGAAACACAAGAGGCUGUAACCACAAGUCAAACUGAGGAAGAAUCAGUAACACCAGACAAAAGUACUACUUUCUCAGGUCAAAAAACAACUGAGCUCUCCAGCGAAGACACUGCAAUUCCUACAGCCUCCUCAUUGUUUAGCACAGAGGGGAAAACAGAACUGCCAGUUACCGAACAAGACAGUGCUUUCACAAGUCAUACAGAAAUUCCCUCAGGAACUCCUUUUACUGCAACGAUGGAGGAAAGCUCUGCUCUGACUCCAACAGAUGAAGAUGGCUCAGGUGACCAAACCCAAGACAUGUCCACUCAGACUUUCACUGUCACAGCAAAAUCGUUUCUCUACAGCACUGAGGCACCAACAGCAAAGUCUCCUGUUACAGCAUCUGCUGUUUCAGAUAUUGAGGAUGACGGUAUUCGUACCGAAACCGCAUUGUUGGAGUCCAUUCCUUCAUUCAUUGGAUCAACCACGGAACCUGAAAAAGAAUCAUUCCUUAUUACCACAGAUACAGAGAGUUCUGGAGACAGCACUGCCGAUUUCACUGAGGAGUCAAUCAUCACAGCAACUACUGUCUCUUCAAUGUUGAGUACAGAGUCACCAUCAGUCACAGCAUCACGUGAAACUGAAACAAGUGAUACUAUAAAAUCAGCUUUUACUGCAGCUUCAUCACUCUACAGUACUGAGAAUCCAACGUCAAUGUCACCUGAAACACAAGAGGCUGUAACCACAAGUCAAACUGAGGAAGAAUCAGUAACACCAGAGAAAAGUACUACUUUCCCAACAACAGGACAAAAAACAACUGAGCUCUCCAGCGAAGACACUGCAGUUCCUACAGCCUCCUCAUUGUUUAGCACAGAGGAGCGAACAGAACUGCCAGUUACCGAACAAGACAGUGCUUUCACAAGUCAUACAGAAAUUCCCUCAGGAACUCCUUUUACUGCAACGAUGGAGGAAAGCUCUGCUCUGACUCCAACAGAUGAAGAUGGCUCAGGUGACCAAACCCAAGACAUGUUCACUCAGACCUUCAUUGUCACAGCAAAAUCGUUUCUCUACAGCACUGAGGCACCAACAGCAAAGUCUCCUGUUACAGCAUCUGCUGUUUCAGACAUUGAGGAUGACGGUAUUCGUACCGAAACCGCAUUGUUGGAGUCCUUUCCUUCAUUCAUUGGAUCAACCACGAAACCUGAAAAUGAAUCAUUCCUUAUUACCACAGAUACAGAGAGUUCUGGAGACAGCACUACCGAUUUCACUGAGGAGUCAAUCAUCACAGCAACUACUGUCUCUUCAAUGUUGAGUACAGAGUCACCAUCAGUCACAGCAUCACGUGAAACUGAAACAAGUGAUACUAUAAAAUCAGCUUUUACUGCAGCUUCAUCACUCUACAGUACUGAGAAACCAACAUCAAUGUCACCUGAAACACAAGAGGCUGUAACCACAAGUCAAACUGAGGAAGAAUCAGUAACACCAGAGAAAAGUACUACUUUCCCAACAACAGGACAAAAACAACUGAGCUCUCCAGCGAAGACACUGCAGUUCCUACAGCCUCCUCAUUGUUUAGCACAGAGGAGCGAACAGAACUGCCAGUUACCGAACAAGACAGUGCUUUCACAAGUCAUACAGAAAUUCCCUCAGGAACUCCUUUUACUGCAACGAUGGAGGAAAGCUCUGCUCUAUUCGUGCGAAACCGCAUUGUUGGAGUCCAUUCCUUCAUUCAUUGGAUCAACCACGGAACCUGAAAAAGAAUCAUUCCUUAUUACCACAGAUACAGAGAGUUCUGGAGACAGCACUGCCGAUUUCACUGAGGAGUCAAUCAUCACAGCAACUACUGUCUCUUCAAUGUUGAGUACAGAGUCACCAUCAGUCACAGCAUCACGUGAAACUGAAACAAGUGAUACUAUAAAAUCAGCUUUUACUGCAGCUUCAUCACUCUACAGUACUGAGAAACCAACAUCAAUGUCACCUGAAACACAAGAGGCUGUAACCACAAGUCAAACUGAGGAAGAAUCAGUAACACCAGAGAAAAGUACUACUUUCCCAACAACAGGACAAAAAACAACUGAGCUCUCCAGCGAAGACACUGCAGUUCCUACAGCCUCCUCAUUGUUUAGCACAGAGGAGCGAACAGAACUGCCAGUUACCGAACAAGACAGUGCUUUCACAAGUCAUACAGAAAUUCCCUCAGGAACUCCUUUUACUGCAACGAUGGAGGAAAGCUCUGCUCUGACUCCAACAGAUGAAGAUGGCUCAGGUGACCAAACCCAAGACAUGUCCACUCAGACUUUCACUGUCACAGCAAAAUCGUUUCUCUACAGCACUGAGGCACCAACAGCAAAGUCUCCUGUUACAGCAUCUGCUGUUUCAGACAUUGAGGAUGACGGUAUUCGUACCGAAACCGCAUUGUUGGAGUCCUUUCCUUCAUUCAUUGGAUCAACCACGAAACCUGAAAAUGAAUCAUUCCUUAUUACCACAGAUACAGAGAGUUCUGGAGACAGCACUACCGAUUUCACUGAGGAGUCAAUCAUCACAGCAACUACUGUCUCUUCAAUGUUGAGUACAGAGUCACCAUCAGUCACAGCAUCACGUGAAACUGAAACAAGUGAUACUAUAAAAUCAGCUUUUACUGCAGCUUCAUCACUCUACAGUACUGAGAAACCAACAUCAAUGUCACCUGAAACACAAGAGGCUGUAACCACAAGUCAAACUGAGGAAGAAUCAGUAACACCAGAGAAAAGUACUACUUUCCCAACAACAGGUCAAAAAACAACUGAGCUCUCCAGCGAAGACACUGCAGUUCCUACAGCCUCCUCAUUGUUUAGCACAGAGGAGCGAACAGAACUGCCAGUUACCGAACAAGACAGUGCUUUCACAAGUCAUACAGAAAUUCCCUCAGGAACUCCUUUUACUGCAACAAUGGAGGAAAGCUCUGCUCUGACUCCAACAGAUGAAGAUGGCUCAGGUGACCAAACCCAAGACAUGUUCACUCAGACCUUCACUGUCACAGCAAAAUUGUUUCUCUACAGCACUGAGGCACCAACAGCAAAGUCUCCUGUUACAGCAUCUGCUGUUUCAGACAUUGAGGAUGACGGUAUUCGUACCAAAACCGCAUUGUUGGAGUCCAUUCCUUCAUUCAUUGGCUCAACCACGAAACCUGAAAAAGAAUCAUUCCUUAUUACCACAGAUACAGAGAGUUCUGGAGACAGCAAUGCCGAUGUCACUGAGGAGUCAAUCAUCACAGCAACUACUGUCUCUUCAAUGUUGAGUACAGAGUCACCAUCAGUCACAGCAUCACGUGAAACUGAAACAAGUGAUACUAUAAAAUCAGCUUUUACUGCAGCUUCAUCACUCUACAGUACUGAGAAACCAACGUCAAUGUCACCUGAAACACAAGCGGCUGUAACCACAAGUCGAACUGAGGAAGAAUCAGUAACACCAGAGAAAAGUACUACUUUCCCAACAACAGGUCAAAAAACAACUGAGCUCUCCAGCGAAGACACUGCAGUUCCUACAGCCUCCUCAUUGUUUAGCACAGAGGAGCGAACAGAACUGCCAGUUACUGAACAAGACAGUGCUUUCACAAGUCAUACAGAAAUUCCCUCAGGAACUCCUUUUACUGCAACAAUGGAGGAAAGCUCUGCUCUGACUCCAACAGAUGAAGAUGGCUCAGGUGACCAAACCCAAGACAUGUUCACUCAGACCUUCACUGUCACAGCAAAAUUGUUUCUCUACAGCACUGAGGCACCAACAGCAAAGUCUCCUGUUACAGCAUCUGCUGUUUCACCUGAAACAGAAGACACUGUUACCACAAUGCAGGCAACGAUAGCACCAGCUACACCAGAAACAAUUACUAUUAUAGAUAUUUUUUCACAGUCAUCUUCUGUGGCUGCAUCUUCUAUCUCAACCAUAGAUUAUGUCAGUACUACAUCAUCUGUGCUACCGAUUAACGAUUUGAAUCAUAGCACUGGAACAGAAUCCACAUUUGUCCAAUCUGGUCCCUCCGCACUAACUCCUGUGGUUGAAGACUAUGAGAUGAGUACUGUCCUCUCUUCCACAGAUACUGAAAGCUCAGGAGAUGAGGUGAUGCACAGAACAACUGGUGGAACAAUUUACUCAACUGGAGCACCACUGUCCAGCACUCAUCGCUUACUCACCGAGCUCUACAGCAAGUCCACAAAGCCAGGAACCACAGCCACCACACCUCUGGAGUUAACACCAGACAUUACAAUUACACAACAACCUCAAAAGCUAUUAAGCACAGAAAAAACAUCAACCAUCCAAAUCUGUGAUGAAUUUGAAACAAGUUCUGCAAUUGCUUUAACGGAGGAAGACAUCUCGACUGGGAAAACAACUGAAAUUUUAGCAGAGGACUCAUCUGCCCUGUCUUCUUUGCCAACUACAGACCAAACAGUGGAACCAAGCAGCUACUCAGCUAUAGUGAUUGGCAGCUCACAGGAAACUGCUAUUACAUCUCCAAGCUCCACAAGAUCAUCCAUUCCUAUCAUUGAUGACACUGAGUCUAUUGAUCAAACCCCUGAUUUUACCACCAAAGUUGCUGGUAAAACAUUAACUACCAUCUCUUCAAUGUUCAGCACAGAAAAACCAACAGCAAGUGAUAUCUCAGAAUCUACGGUUAUUACAGCUUCUUCUUUGUACAGUACCGAGAUACCUAUUUCCCUUGACACAGAAAAGAGUACUGAAAACCACACUGUAACUCUUGAAACAGACUCUGUGAUCACAACUACUGAAAGCAGUGGAGAUCAAACUCCUGAUAAUAUGUUAACCAAGAAACCUCUAUCUCCUUCCCCCACCGACAUCUCAUCAUCUUCUGUUCUCAGCACAGAGUCCCCAACUGUCACACCAUCAGUACAGCUAGAUGAGGAAGUGGACUACAGCAUCAACACAGACUUCACAUUAAUUGAAUCCUUACCUACCUUUGUGAGAACAACUGUCAAGCCUACCAGCACUGCUUUUACCACAUACUCAAGAUCCUUAUUCACUGAUGAAGUUGGUUCAGCUGAUGUUGCCACUAGUCCUGUUUCUUCCAUGUUCAGUACAGAGACACCAGUAGCAGUGUUUGCAGAAACAACAAAGAGCACUGCAACAGAUGAAACAUCAAUUACUCAUACAAAAGUUCUCACGAAAGCAACAGCAAGCGCAGCUACCACAGUGUCUUCAAUGAUUAAUACAGAGAAGCCAUUAUUCACAAGAGCAUCUCCUGAAACUGAAACACGUGAAGUUUUUAAAUCUCAUGUAACUGUAGCUUCUUCUUUCUAUAGUGCUGAAAAACCAACACCAUUGCCACCAAGUGCCUCCAGCGAAUCUCAAAGUAAAUUCCCAUUCUCUACAGCAACAGAUGAAAGUCCAAUAGCUGAGACUCAGAGCACACUAUAUCCUGGUGUUAAAUCAUUAACCCAAUCCUCACCACAGUUCAUGACAGAGGAGUCUACAGAUGCUACCCAAUUUUCUGCCACAAUUGCAUCCACAGAUGAAACUCCCCUAGAAUCACCAACAGCAGCUGAGCAACCCUCUGUGGAACAAACAGCCUUAGCAACAACCACAUUUAGACCAUCAAUUACAUCCACAUUUGUUGAGAAAGAAAGUUCAAAUGAUACAGAAUUUACAACUGUCAAACAUCAUACACUUGAAACCUCUAAACCCAUGGCAGUCCCCAAUGUCACCACAUUUACUUCAAAGGAAACUACUUACUUUGACAUGGAGAACUCUGGUUACUCACCUGAAGAGGAUGAUUUGGAGUCAAGUUCAGAUGGAUCUGGUGCAGAGGUAUCCUUUGAGGCUACCACAAAACCCCAGGAUGAAUUUACUGUGGCCACAGAUGAGACUGAAAUAGAUGAGACUCAGAGUGCAUCUGACAUGUUAAGUGCUGCAUCCUCAACUCACUCCAGUACACAGCUUACCAAGGAAUUCAUGUCAACAACCCAAUCUCCACACAUGUCCCCUACUGUAGCAGCUACAAAACAAAUCACUUUGUCAUUUAGUGCUGUUGCUGUCACUGAGGAGAGCUCAAGUGACCAAACAACAGAUAAGUCCACUGACAAGGUUAUUACACAAAAAACGACUGGCACUGCAGCCUUUUCUCUUUAUAGCACUGAGAAGCUGACAGCAAUGUCUCCUGAAAUACACACUUCAACAGUUCAGGGGAGCUCAGCAGAUAUGACGUCCUCAGUGUCAUCUUCAACUGUUUAUAAGACAGAGUCUCCUGCUGUCACUUUGGUUACAUCUUCAGGUUCAUUGGAUAUUGAUGAGAGUUUGGACAAUGCUAUUAGCAAACAACCCUUACUUUUGGAAUCAGUGCCUUCCUCUACAGAAGUAACUGAAAGACCAGCUGCGCCAUCUAUGAGUAGUACUGCUCCCCCCAUAGGUACAAAUUCGGUGUAUACAGAAGAGGAUGGUUCAGGUGACCAUGCAGCUGAUGUGCUUACUAAAGUGGAUGCUACAGUGUCUUCAGUGUUCAGCACAAAGGAACCAACAAUAACAGCAACAUCUCAUGAAAGUGCAUCUGCUGAUAUUACAAUGAGUACAGCCUCUUCCCUGUUCAGCACAGAGAAUCCUAAAACAACAACAUCAUCACAUGAAAGUGGAACAUCUGAUAUUCCAAAAUCUGCUGUAACUUCAGCUUCUUCUCUCUACAGCACUGAGAAGCCAAACAUAACCACAGUAUAUGCUGUAUCUGCCCAGUCAGUUAACAUUCCUAUAUCUCCAUCAACACCAAGUUCAGCCUUUACUUUGACAGAAGGAGAGAGUUCAGGUGACCAAGCCACUGAGAUUGUUACCUCAAAGCCCUCAGUGAUGGAGAGCAUCACAUUCGGAGAAGCAACAGGUGAAACUGAAACCUUUGUUUCAGUCACACCAACCUCUGAUGAGCAGGUUUCCUCACAGGAGGGUGAAAUUACUCCAGAUACAGAAAGCCCCAUCACGUCUGAAGUGACAGAGCCUCCUGUUUCGUACACUGGGAAAGAUGACGUUAGUGUAGCUGAGCACAUAACACAGUCCUCCCCCCAUACAGUUGGAGCUUCAAUUAGUAGUCACACUACAGUUGACUUCACCACAGUAAGCUCCAGCAGUGAACAUAAGCAAGAUGGAUUCACAUUGAUGUCCACCCCUAUUCCCUCCAUUAUAUAUCAUAGCGUUGCAGACCAGCAGGUCGUGAUCAUUACUCCUAGUAGCAGCCAAGCCAAGACUGACCUAACUGAACAAACACCUACUAUGGUCCUGCAUGUGUCUAAACCGUCAACCAGCACAACCAUCAUAUUCACAGAGGAUGCAAAAGAUGAAGAUGUGCUGUUCUCUGCAGUUACAGAUAGUAUGAGGGAAGGCAGCCCCAGUCCUGAGCCUCUCACCAAAGAUGAUACUAUCAUUAAUGCAGAUACUAUUUCCAUAGUUCCCUCUUCUUCGUUUUACCCAAACAUCCAGACAGAGGAAGUUGGAGGUGUCACAGCAAUUACAAUGACACAAAAGUUGGAGGUAACAGAAGAUCCAGAGGGUUCAGGGACUGAUAGUGCCACCUCCUUUACUCCUACACCAGUAACUUUACAUGCAAUCUCAGCCACUGAUUCAUCAUUAGCCUCAACAUCUUCUGAAUAUUUACUGUCCACUAGUGAAGAGACAGUCACAUCCAAACUACAGGCCACCCCAGAUACUACUGUGUCGACAAAGUCAAGCUCUGAAGAAACCUAUGAUUUAACUACACCACAUACAGUUUUCCCUACUGAGACUCAAACCAAACUAGUUCCAGAGCAGGUGAAGGAUGAUUUUUCAGGUGAGGACACUGCUGAUAAUGUCACUGAGUCUAUCACUGAGAUCGCAACCUCUGCAUCUUUGCUUUCUCAAACCUCAAGUGAAACAACAGACACAAGCUCAGUCACUCCAGUGUCCAGUAAAGAGUAUAUGGUCAGCACAGUUGAAAAAGAAAAAUCCAUGACCUCCUCACCCACAGCCAUUGCAGCCACAAGUCAUGGCGCAACAGGUGAAACCUUAAGUUCAACCAUUUUCACACAAACCACUGUACACACACCGGUGUCCACUGAACUUGGCACUGUGAAACCAACCAGUAAAGAAUCUGAUGAUGAAUCUUCAGGUGACGAUGACUCUGAUGAAGGCUCUGCAGUGGAAACCUCAGAGACAACUUCAGCGUCCUCUGUGGAUGAAUGGACAGCAUCUGAAAAACCAGUGACAUCUACAGUCUCUUCACUGUUCAGCACUGAGAAACCAACUGUUGCCCCUGACAUCGAUGAUACGGAUGAUGAGAUUUCAGGUGACCAAAACCAAAGUAUGUUCACUGAAGAUGUAAUUACACCAGUUAAGGCAGAACACUUCUCACCAACCUCACCUAGAACUACCACAGGAGAGGUUUCAACGUCACCAACAAGUGCUUCCUUGGCUCUCUAUAGAACAGUGAAACCGUCUGUCACUUCUGUGUCAGACAUUACUGAUACAGACACUUCAAUAAAGCUAGAUAAAACUUCUGGUAUACUGAAAGCUUCAACAGUAAAUGCAGAGCCAGUAACAUUUUCAGUUACCUCACCUGAACCUGGCACUGGGGCGACUGAAAUAUCAGUAUCAAGUGCUGCUUCCAGUCUUUAUAGCACUAAGAAGCCAACUGUCACAUCCUCUCCUGAUGUUACUGGGAAGGAUAGAUCAAGUGGUCACACUCAUAUGACAGAGCCUAUGACACAGACAGCAGCUCCUCUGCACAGUACAAUGAAAAUGGACCAAAUGCUAUCCACAACAUUAGCUCUUCCCUGCAGCACUGAUACAUUUUCAGUGGCAAGUAACACAGGUGUGGAGGGCUCUGGGGAUGAGAUCUCAGAUACCACAACUGCAUCACUUAAGACAGUGACAUCUGAGAGUGAAAAGACUGUAGCCACUCCAGUACCCCCUCUUUUCAGUACAGAGAAACCCACCACAAUGAACCAAGAGGAUGAAACUCAGACAAGUGAGAAAACAACAGAGGUAGAGAAAGCAUCAUUGUCAGAAACAUUUUCACCCCCUACCGAUGAAGCAACGUCAACCCCAACACAUGAAGAGAGUACAAGGGACCACAUCACCUCUAUGUCUACAAAAGAAUCCCUUUCUACAUCCACAGUGUCUUCUCUACAAAGCACUCCAAAGCCUGCUGUGAUGGUUCAGUUUGUCACCACUUUUGACCCAGAACCAGAUACAACACCACCUGAGGUGUCCUUCCAACAGGCCAGGUCUGAGAUCCCGUUCACUCACCAUCCCCACAUUGACAUCUCCUCAGAUAAAACUGUGUUGGCCACAACCAGCCCUAUGUUGCCCAGUGAGGAAUCAAGCCAGCACUUUGAACCUAGUGAUGUGACUCCCCAGACGGGAGUUACACCCAUGUCACUGGAAGAUAAGACAGCUGAAGCACCAAGCCAAGCACCUGUAACCAAAGAAGUUUCAACUGAUGCUGAAGGUAGCACAGACAAAGAUAGUGAAGUCCAGAAAACAUCUACUGAUGCAAUAACUUCAGGCCCUACAGAUGAAACAGUAGAUUCUAAAAGGACAAAGCCUGCAGGGGUUGAAUAUACAACUCCAAAACUUGCAAAACCCGAAGAAACUGCAGCUGUUGAGAUUGCAUCUUCUGCGGACUUAAACUCAGUGGAAACAUCAGCAGAGAGUUCAAGUGAACAAACUCUAGAGGCAACUACUUCUUCUCUUUCAGUGCAAACAAAAAAGAUUCUGACCACAACUGUGUCUUCACCAUUCAGCACUGUGACUCCAUUGGUGGCUUCCAUUUCAGAUGUUACUGAUCAAGUGGCUUCUGAAGAGUCAUCAACAACAUCACCCAAAAUGGUGACAGGAGAGAGUGAACAGACUGCCACUUCCCCCUCUGCCACUGAAAAAUCAACUGCAGCGUUACUUGAGACUUCAACAGAUAAAGAAGGUUCCAGUUAUGAAAAGACAUCAUCAGAGAGUGAGGAGAUCUUUGGAUCAACAGAAACCAGUAUUAUCAUUAUAAAAGAAGAAGGUUCAGGUGACAAGACAUUUAUUACUGUCACUCCAGCUGUUUCAUCCCUGUCCAGUACUGUUAAAUUGGAUAUUAUCACCAGCACUUUAUCAUCUGAGAUGGCAAACACCCAAACAGAUAAGCCAGAAUCAUCUACAUAUGAACAAACCUCAGGUCAGAAGUCACCUGAGACCUUCAUCACUGAAGCUUAUGCAACACAAUACCCUGAUGUGACCAGCACUGUCGAGUCACCAAAGACAUCAACUUCUCUUGAGACAGGAUCAACAGAUUCUGAAAGCGAAGAGACACAAGAUGCAGACCUAACAAGUGCACAUCAACCCACUGGUGUUACACAUGUGGCAGAAAUCUCUACAAACUCAGAGACUGAAGUAGAGUUCACCACAAUGACAGCUCAACAUAUUUCCUUUGAGUCUACUUCAAAUGUCCUUUCAGCACCAUCACAGCCUGAUGUUAUGGUCAAAUAUGUCACAACAGUUUCCCCUGUACAACACCUAACAACUCCUCAGAAGUCAUUUGAACAAGCCAGGUCUGAGAUCGCACUAACACACCGCCCUCACACUGAUCUUUCUUCUCAGGAUGUAUCACUGACCACAACUCACCCUAUGUUUGCAAGUCAUGAAACAAGCCAAAUUACAGAAUCAUCAACUGUGGCUGCAGCUGUAUCUGCUUUAGUGGAAGAUGGGACAGUUGAGCCCACUGUUGUUCAGAUUUUAAGUGAUGCAAAGAUUGAACCACCUCCAGAUACAUAUGUCCAAACAAAACUCCCUGCUUCAGAUGACAGGCGUUAUGAAGAUGUAGAUUAUCCAAGCCCAGAUUAUGAAGCAGCAGAUUCCAACAAAGUUGAAUCAGAUCCACAAUACAAUGAAACCACAAUACCAAGAGAAGUAGCAGUGGUGUUCAUUAGUACACCACCUGUUGUUUCUCAAACAUCUGAGACUGAAAUCCAGACUGUAUUCAAGAUAGAUGUAGCCACAUCUUCAAAGAUGGAGUCCGCUAUUGUUGAUAGCACCUCUGGGAAUGAGGAGGUUGUGGGCAAAAGAGAGAAACUGGACAGUGACAUAACUGCACCUCCAUCACUCACUGGCGGAGAACCACCACUAAGAGGGGAGGAAACAACUGCACUACCUGACACAGUACUCGAUUUGGGGCACACCGUUGUUGGCGAGACUGUUGAAAUUCCAGAAGUUUACUCAUGUUCAGAAAACAUUUGUCUGAAUGGAGGAUCUUGCUACAAGAGUGGCAGCAUCUAUACAUGUAGCUGUGCUCCUGGUUACAGCGGUGAUCGCUGUGAAACAGAUUUUGAUGAGUGCCAGUCAAACCCAUGCCGCAAUGGAGGUACAUGUGUUGAUGGGCUGGCUUCUUUCACAUGCGUGUGCCUACCGAGCUACUCUGGGUUGUAUUGUGAGGAGGAUACAGAUACAUGUGACUAUGGCUGGCAUAAGUUUCAGGGCCACUGCUACAAGUACUUCCCCCACAGAAGAAACUGGGACACAGCAGAGAGAGAAUGUCGCAUGCAUGGGGCUCAUCUUACCAGCAUCCUCUCCCACGAGGAGCAACAGUUUGUCAACCGUCUUGGACAGGAUUACCAGUGGAUCGGCCUGAAUGAUAAGAUGUUUGACAGUGACUUCCGCUGGACUGAUGGCAGGCCUAUGCAAUAUGAAAACUGGAGGCCCAACCAGCCUGACAGCUUCUUCUCUUCUGGCGAGGAUUGUGUAGUAAUGAUAUGGCAUGAGGACGGCCAGUGGAAUGAUGUUCCUUGCAACUACCAUCUCACCUUCACCUGCAAGAAAGGCACAGUGGCCUGUAGCCAGCCCCCUCUGGUGGAGAAUGCACAUACCUUUGGGAAGAAACGUGAGAGAUAUGAGAUCAACUCGCUGGUGAGGUACCAGUGCCGGACAGGGUUUAUUCAGAGGCACAUCCCAACUAUCCGUUGUCGUGGGGAUGGACGAUGGGAUAGCCCUAAAAUCUCCUGCAUGAAUCCUUCAAGCUAUCAGAGGACCUUUAUCAGAAGACAUCAAGUCAAUAGUCUCUAUAGCAUCAACAACUUCAAGAGAUGGCCAGAUGAGGCCUUCCGCUUUCAACAUCAGCGGGGAAGGAGAAACAGGACUUAACAUAAGCGGAAGAGACAGUCAUUGCGAUGUAACAUAGCAUGGCUUCCCUGAGACAAGAACACAUGGAUGAUGCUUGUGUGGAAAGAGAAAAGGAAUCUCAAAAGAAAACCACAAGAGAAAACUCAUCAAAGAAAAGAGGAUAACCUGCAGUUUUCUUGCAUUUUGGAUGACGAUGGAAUCUUAUGAAGUGCCUUUUAAAGAGAUGUUGAUACAUGACUUUUCUUAUCAAGGGGCACUGUUUUAUAACAAUGUCAUUAUGGACAAUAUACUUUCAGCUGGCUACUGGAAAAGCAAAAAGUACACUCAUCAUUAUUUUUUAAACUGCAGAAGUUUUUUGUUUGUGCUUAUCUUAUCAAAUAAUACAUUCAUGACUGUUGUCUAAUACCUUUGCAUACCGACUGUACUAUUUAAAAUAACCAUAAGUGUUCCUUAUUCAUAGAAAAAGCUGUUGUGAAAUUAUAGCGCUUAUGUUAUGUAAAGGAAUCCAUUAUUUUGUCGUGCUGUUUUAAGCUGGACUUCGUUUUAAUGAUCAUGCAUGCAUAUGCAUAUAUACUGAAGUCCUCAAAUUUUUAACUAUGUUUAUUAUAUGUCAAGAGAUCUAAGUUUGGUAUCUCAAAACACAAAUGGAGGCAUCAGUAGCAAUGAUUGCUCAUGCAAAGGACUCACUGUUAUUCAGAUUCCAGAUUAAUAAUACAUCCAAGUUUGGGGAAAUUUCACUAAAUCACUCAGUUAACUGCUGAAGACCUUCUUUGUGGUGGCAGCUUUUAAAGUACCAAAUUACCUUUUAUUAGUUUCAGCCUUCACUGGAUGUCAUCAGUGUCUUCAGUUUAUGGAUAUAUUUCUAUAGAGAGAAUUUUUUAAAGCUUACUGACAUUUCUUUUGUAUGAUAUUUUGCAUGAGUUCUUUCUAAGUACUUACCAACAAAGCCUUAAUCCACUGAUGGAAAUUGAUGUCCAUCAAUUAUUUUAAAAUGAAAGAAGGGAAGUGUGGCUCAAGUAGCCUGUAUUUUCUGCUCAUGUGUGUUCAGUGCAUAACUUACAAUUCGUUGCUAUAGCAUGUUUACAAUAACUGUUAUGCUGUUCAUAAUUACACAGCAAGAAGUCUUGCUCUCAUCUGUUGCUGUUGUGCUGUAGCUUGUGAUGGUUUUCUAGGUAAUGCUUUUCUUCUGCACACUUAACUUUUCUAUUACUGUGGUCAAUUGGAAUCAGCCAUUGAGAGAAUGUAUUUUGUGAAUCACUCAAAAAGACUUGAACGUAACGGCUGUUUAAGUAGAGAUGCAUAUAAUUUAUUUUCAAGCUGCUCUUGAUCUCCUUACUUGUUUUAUACUGACAGGUAAAAUAUGAUGCUGUCAUCUGGCCCAGCAGUGCUCUUCAUAUAUUAUUAUUGUAUGUUCAACAGGAGACCAGCCACAAUCACAGACUGUCUAAAAGGGAUGCAUUGAAGAUGAAAAAUUACUUAAUGGUACAAUGGAUUUAUACGUCUUUUUACGUCUUUAAUGCCAGCAGUGGACCAAAGAAUAUGGAGGGCCCCAUAGGCUGCAUUAAUGUUGUUCUGUAACAUUAACAAAAUGUUUUGUGGAUGGUUACAUGUAUCUCCAGCAUUUUUAAGUUGGUUUUGUCUGUCUGUGAAUGUUUGUGUGUGUGUUUCAGCCUUAAUGUGCAUAUAAUAUCAUUUUAUAUUUAUAACAGUUUGUUUUUUAUUUCACAAUGUGAAUGUCUGGGAUGUUUGUGAAUUUUUUUAAUGAGAUCCAACUGUUUUUUUUCCUGCUUUAAAUCACCAAAGACAUAAAAUAUAUGGAUAUUAUAAAAUAAUAA